AUGUCAAAAACAACUAUCACCGGUAAAAAACAAUUAACUGACAGAAUAUCUAAUAAUCUCAGUAAAAAGAGAGCCAGUUUAACUAAAACUCAAAUCGAAGCCGUAAUUAAUGAAUUAUUAACCGAAACCAAAAAAUCUCUUCUUAAAGGUGAAGAAGUCCGUUUACAAGUAAAAGAGUAUCCAAGUAUGAAAUCAAAGAAAAAGAUUAUUAAUUAUUCGGUUGGUCAUUACCCUUGUAAUGUGAUUAUUAAUGGUCGCUGGUUUACCGAAUUAGAAAUUAGCCAAUAUUACCGGACUAAACCGGGACGCUCCACGGUUAGUGAUGAAAUAAUUCAGGAAUUAGUGAAGCAGUUGAAUGAUGAGGAAGAUUUAGCAAGAGAUAAAAAAUAUUACUCUUUUGAACCUUUAUUCAUCGACCAUCGAGCUUAUAAUUUAGUUUGGGAUUAUGAUGAAGAAGAAAUAACAAGCACACUAAUUAUAAUUGACUGUUAUCGUGAAAGAAAAUUUGAUUUGUUAAAAAGAAUGCAGCAACUGGGUUAUCGUCGGAUAAAUCAAGGUUUAACUCCCAACGCUACUCCCUUAGAAAAAAGUAAAUAUGAAAUCUGCCAAAGCAUUUUGCGUUACAAGAGAGAAAAAAACUUGUCCGAGCAAGAGUUAGGGGAAAAGUUGGGAAUUAAGCAAGUCGACAAAUUAGAGUAUCUUUUAUUUCGUCAUAUUAAUUACUUUACUUUGGACGAAUUAGUUGAUUAUGCCAGUGACUUGUUUACUCCUUUUCACUUAGCCAUUCAUGAGGAGCCAGUGAAAAAAAAUGAUUCUUCUCGAAAAAUAUUGAAGGAAGAAUUUUUAAUUCCCGCUCAAAUUAGUUCUACUCAAUUAGCUCGUGAUAUUAAUGUUUCUUCCAAAGUAAUUAAGGAAAUAAUUGCCGAAGAAAGAGACUUAAAUAAAGAUAUUGCUACCCGCUUGGCCUUGUAUUUUGGCACUGCCCCAACUUUUUGGAUAAAUUUGCAGAGCAAUUAUGAUGAAGAACAAGAUAUUACUUUUAUUCAUAAGGGAUAA